AUUUGGUUGAAUAAAAAUUGCGCAAAUCUGUCCCACUUUAAAUAUAUCUCAAUUAUCUCAUAAUCCAAAGGGCCCGCUUUCCAUUUAAAUAAAUUUAUCCACUUUAAAUAUGAUUGAUCAUCUUAUCUCAUUCCUGAUUAAAAAUGAAAUAAAAUAAACCCCAAACCAACCCCACUCCCAUUAUAAAAUCUCUUCAACCAAACCUCUCUCCCCUCCCCCUUUCCCCCCCUCUCUCACUAAUUUCUUAUCUCUCUUCGCAAAGGAAAUGCAAUGACUGCAAGAAGGAGCCAGUACCGCUACCUCAGCUGCGCCGCCGCGGCACUUACUCCGGCGCCGGCCGAGGAUCGAUUCGAAUUCGAUGAAUCGGAGGUUUGGGGCAGCAUCGUCUUCCCCGAGCCGAAAAUGCAGGCGCGUCGUCGUAGCCCGCGGCCGGCGAGGAAGCCGCUGAGGGUGAAGAACGACGGCGUCGAUCGUCUGCCGAGAUCGCUGCCGGUGAACAUUCCGGACUGGUCGAAGAUCCUCGGCGGCGAGUGCAGGCGACUCGCCGGAGAUGAUGAGUACGGCGACGAGGUGGAGGGGGAGCAAAAUGACCGAAUACCCCCUCACGAGUAUUUGGCGAGGACUAGAGGCGCUUCUUUGUCGGUGCAUGAAGGUGAGGGAAGGACGCUCAAGGGCAGGGAUUUGAGCAGGGUUAGAAACGCCAUUUGGAAACAAAUCGGAUUUGAAGAUUAAAUAAAUUACUAAUUAAUUAGGUUAAUUUAACCUGAGAUUUGCGCAAAUGGAGUUUUUUUUUUUUUUGUCGAUUGAUGAUAUAUAUUAGUAUGAUAAAUUAGAUUGUUUCGUGUUGGUAACAUCGAUGUAGGAGAAAAUUGACUUCGGGGAAAAUGUCGUAUGCUAUGCGACAAUUUUCUGUAAUUGAAAUAAAGUAAUUUGAUAUCAAUAGUUAUGCAUUAA